AUGUCUAGAUUCUCUCUAGUCCUGCUGGCGGCAUGGGCCGCCAAACUAGGGUUGGCCAAGGAUGUUUAUCUGAAGUGGGAUGUCACUUGGGUCAACGCUGCUCCCGAUGGAUUUGAGCGUCCGGUGAUUGGGAUCAAUGACCAAUGGCCCUGUCCACAGGUGGAUGUGGAUCUAGGUGACCGUCUGAUUGUUGAUGUGUACAACGGCCUUGGAAACCAGUCGACCGGUGUUCACUGGCAUGGCUUCCAUCAGUACAUGAGCGGUGUCAUGGAUGGGAGUAGCGAAGUGACUCAGUGCCCCAUUGCUCCAGGCCAGAGUAUGCGCUACGACUUUAUGGUUGAGCAAACCGGAUCCUACUGGUACCAUUCGCACAAUAUGGCCCAGUAUCCAGAUGGAUUCCGUGGCGCUUUCAUCGUUCACGACCCUGCGCCACCGUUCCAGUAUGACGAUGAGUUUACCAUCACUCUCAGCGACUGGUACCAUGACCAGAUGCCGGGUCUCCUCGACCAGUACCUGUCACAAGCCAAUGGGGCAGCCGGUUUUGAACCCAUCCCGGACUCCGCCUUGAUCAAUGACAACUCAGGAACACAGAUCAAGGUCAAGCCGGAUACGACGUACCUGGUCCAUAUCAUCUGUAUAUCAAGUUGGCCUGGCCAUGCGUGGGUCUUCGAUGACCAUGAAAUGACGGUCGUUGAAGUGGACGGUGUUUAUACGGAGCCCUACAUUGUUGGAGACAAGAUGCUGCGUGUGGCUCCUGGCCAGCGCAUGAGUGUUCUGAUUCACACGAAGAGCGAUACCAGCGAGAACUUUGCCAUCUGGGACACCAUGGACAUCAACAUGAUGUUCAUCUAUGAGGAUCGACCCAUCCCCCCUGGCUACAACCCCAAUGCUACGGCUUGGCUUGUCUAUGAUGAGACUAAACCCCUACCUCCGCCUCCGUCCUUCAACGAGCUGGACUUCGUUGAUGAUGUUAACCUUAUCCCUUUCGAUCGCGAACCGCUUCUGGGACCCGUGGAUCACCAAAUCAUUUUUGACACCUCUGCCAAGGAGAUUGAUGGUGUCCCUCGGUUUACUAUUAACAACGAGACCUACCUGUCCCCAAAGGUUCCAUCACUGUACACGGCCAUGACAGUUGGGCCGGAGUUUUCAUCUGAUCCAGCUGUCUAUGGCGAAGUCAACCCUUACGUGGUUCGAUACGGCGAGGUCGUUGAAGUCAUUAUCAACAACCAUCACAACAACCUGCAUCCGUGGCACUUGCACGGUCACCAGUUCCAGGUUCUGCAGAGAUCGGCUGUCGAUGGCGGCUAUUUCACCGGUUACUCCGCGAACGUGUCUGAAACUCCGAUCCGGCGUGACACUAUCAUGGUGCAGAACCACGGCCAUGUUGUCAUUCGUUUCCGUGCAGACAACCCUGGUGUGUGGUUGCUGCACUGCCAUGUUGAGUGGCACGUCAUGGGCGGCUUGAUGGCGACCAUCAUCGAGGCUCCGGAGACCUUCCCGGGGUCUGAGAUGCCAAUUCCUAUCGAUCACAAGCAUGAUUGCGCUGCUUAUCCUAGCCCGGCUUUUGGGAACGCCGCUGGCAAUCAAGGCCUUGAUCUGACCGGUGCUAACACUGUGGUGCCCGUUGGAAGCUCAGGUGCCAUGUACCCUGUCGAUGGGGAGAGCCCUGCUCCUGUACCACCCCCUGCUCCGGUUGUUCCUGGACCUGGGCCCGAUGCUUGUUCCGCCCCUGUUCAGCCGCCACCUCCUCAUCAUGAGCAACCUCCUCAUGAGCUUCAUCAGCAUGAGCCUAUCGUUCAUUCGGAGGACCACAAGCCCUUAUCCAAUGAGAACAACGCCUAUGUUGAAGUUGGCCAUGACAAGAUCAAGACUCAUGACUCAGGACCUAAUGAGAACGAUGCCUAUGUUCAGGUCGGUCAUGACAAGAUCAAGACUCAUGACUCAGGACCUAAGGAAGGUGAUGAGUACUGGGAGCAGUAUGCACAACUGUAG